UUUGCCUCCAAAUUAAGAACACAGUUACGAUACCCGCCAAAAGGUGUCCACAUACAUCGAUAAUGAAGGAUCAUCCCCAGAUGUCUACGUAUUCAAAUCCAGUUCUUAUCCCUAGUGAGACCCGCCGGCGGAUUCCAUUUCUCUCCUGCAAUCACGACCGCACGAAAUAGCAAAUUGCCAUUGUUGACCUCGCCGGCUCUACCAUAAAUGGCGAAGAAACAGAGGACUCCCCCUCUUUAUCAUCAUCAUCAUCAUCGUGAACUGCAACAGCAAGAAGUAGACAAUGGCAACUGAGCAGCGUACCCUUCCUCUUCUAACCCCAUACAAGAUGGGCAAGUUCGAUCUUUCUCACAGAGUUGUUCUGGCGCCAUUGACUAGACAGAGAUCUUAUGGGAACGUACCGCAGCCGCAUGCUAUUCUGUAUUACUCCCAAAGGACCACCAAAGGCGGGCUUCUCAUAGCUGAAGCCACUGGAAUUUCUGACACUGCUCAAGGGUAUAAAGACACGCCUGGCAUUUGGACCAAAGAGCAAGUUGAGGCAUGGAAACCCAUUGUGGAUGCUGUUCAUGCCAAAGGUGGUAUAUUUUUCCUCCAAAUCUGGCAUUGUGGGAGGGUUUCAAAUACAGCAUUCCCCUCUGCAGGUUUCCAGCCGAAUGGGCAGGCUCCAAUCUCAUCUUCAGACAAGCCCUUGCACUCGCUUAGUCCUAAUGGAGUAAAUACUAAUAAAUUCAGCCCUCCAAGACGAUUGGGAACAGAAGAAAUCCCUCAGGUUGUCAAUGACUUCAGAAUCGCAGCAAGGAAUGCUGUUGAAGCAGGCUUUGAUGGAGUUGAGAUACACGGGGCUCACGGCUAUCUAAUUGACCAGUUCCUGAAAGAUGAAGUGAAUGAUCGAACAGACCAAUACGGUGGGUCUCUAGAGAACCGCUGCAGAUUCGCUCUGGAAAUAGUUGCAGCCGUCAGUAAAGAAAUAGGAGCAGACAGAGUUGGAAUUCGACUGUCUCCCUUUGCUGACCAUGGUGAAUGUGGAGACUCAAAUCCAGAAGCUCUAGGCUUGCACAUGGUCCAAUCCCUCAACAAGUAUGGGAUCCUGUACUGUCACAUGGUCGAGCCGAGGAUCAAGAGGUCCGGAGAAGAAAUCGAAACUCCCAAGAGCUUGUUGCCAAUGAGGAAUGCUUUCAAUGGUACUUUCCUAGCAGCGGGAGGCUAUGGCAGGGAAGAUGGGAACAAUGCCGUGGAAGAGAACCGCGCUGAUCUCGUGGUGUAUGGUCGUUGGUUCUUGGCGAAUCCGGAUCUGCCAAGGCGAUUCGAGAUCGAUGCGCCUCUCAACAAGUACGAUAGGAGCACGUUCUACACGUCGGAUCGUGUUGUUGGGUAUACGGAUUAUCCGUUUCUGGAGCUGAAUCCUACUGUUUGAGGAAUAGGAAAUGCACUGUCGUGGAUGAAUAAAUUUUGUAGCUUGUUGCAAUAGUUACGAUGAUAUUUUCGUAAUCUACGCACUCGUUAAUCGGUAGUUCGAUUGCAUACGAAGAAAAAAAUAAAGUGUCAUUUGAAGAAGUGAUGUGGUAUCUUAUCCUCUGGUGGCAAUGCAUG